ACAGCCUGCUUAUUCAUCAGGUACAAAGGUUGAACAAAACCAAAGCACUGUUGCAUCGUAUUAUUUCUUGUCAGUGCACUGAAAAGUCUACACAUAUGUACGUAUGCUGCCUCUAAGAAACAACAGAAAGGCUUUAAACAUGAAACUGUCUUGGCUUGUGAUCUGGGCUGUACCACUGUUUUUGAAUCCAGUCACUGCAGAGUGCAACACUGCUCUUCAAACUGUCACUUGUGAGGAGUCCGGAAAGAACCUCUCUAAUAUCUCCACUAACCUUUUCCAAAAUGUUACUAAAUUAAGCCUCAAUAAUAAUAAAAUCACUUUAAAAGACAGUGACAAAGAGAUUCUUAAAAGGUUUUUUAACCUAACUGAACUUUAUCUGAGUGAAAACAUGAUUACUGUACUGUAUAACAACAGCUUCUGCAACCUGACAAAACUUGUAAUUCUCGAUAUCAGCAACAAUCAAGUUAGCACAGUUCAUAAAGCAGCAUUCGCAGGAUUAAAUCAGCUGUCAGUGUUGAAUCUAUCCUAUAAUAUGAUUACUCAACUAGAUUCAGAUGUAUUCAGUUUUCUAAAAAGUCUGGCAGUUUUAAAUCUACAGUAUAACUCUCUGAAAUCUAUUCAUAUAAAAUCACCUUUUAAACUGGUUAAAAUCGUUUUAGCUGGAAACCCAUGGACCUGCUCCUGUGACCUCCUUGACUUACAGAUAUGGCUAACUGCCUCCAAUGUGACAAUGGAAAAUGAAGACAAUACUACCUGUACAUUCCAAAACUCCACAAAAAAGUUCUCCAUCAAGACAGCAGAUAUACAAGCAGCUGACUGCAAAAUUCAAAAAGCUUCUCUAGAAAGCACUGUAACUUCCACUUCUGUCAAUAAACUUAAAAGUAGUGCCCUAGUAACAGCUCUGACUCCCAACAAUACCACUGGAAACAACGGAACACAUGCAGAGCUCCCAGUUAUCGGUAAAAGUUGGACCUUCCUAGCAGGUGUCCUAGGGUUUGUCCUAAGCACUACACUCCUGAUUAUUACUGCCAUAAAAUGCCCGAUGUGGUGUCGCUAUUUGACGAGCUACAGUCACCGUCGUCUGGAAGAAAAUGACUCAGAGAUGUUUGAGCAAGAGUUCUCAGCAGACAUGAGUUCAUUUCCUACAGCAUUGGAUACAAACGAUGAAGAACCCAUAGUAAUAUUUGAGAAAAACCAAGCACUACCGCCAGUGGAAGAUGGGUUUAUUGAGGAUAAAUACAUACAUUCUUAUGUAACUGAGGAGAGUUAAUGUCUUAAACAAUGCAUGAUGAACUGACUUUUCAAAGCUGUAGUAAACUUGUAUUUCUGUGUCAUUAGAGAAUCUUAGAAUCAUUAAGGUUGGAAAAGACCUCCAAGAUCAAGCUAGGAUGCUAUUGGCCCUCUUGGUCACCUGAGCACACUGCUGCUUCUUGUUCAGCCUACUGCUGACCAGCAUGCCCAGGUAUUUUUAUGCCAGGCAGCUUUCCAGCUGCUCUUCCCCAAGCUUGUAGCACGACAUGGGGUUGUGACCGAAAAGCAGGACCCAGCACUUGGCCUUGUUGAAGCUCAACAACUGGCCUUGGCCUAUCGAUCCAAUCUGUCUGGGUCCCUCUGCAGAGCCUCCCUAACCUCAAGCAGAUAAAUAUUCCUGCCCAGUUUGGUGUCGUUUGCCAACUUUCUGAGGGAACACUCAAUCCUCUUAUUCAGAUAAUUGAUAACGAUAUUAAACAAGAUUGUGCAAUACAAAAAGAUACUAAGCAGUCCAUCUCCUUUCAUUUUCUCUAACCCUUAACAAGGUAUUGCUGCACACGUUAGUGUCACAACAGGUAUUUCAAAUAUGCAAAAAAUACCCAUAAUUCACCUUUUAUAAAAGUCUACUUAGUUAUUCAUGCCAGGUGGGAGGGCUUAUUCUCUAUUCCUUAACACUAACAAGUCUUUACAAAGCAACUUGCGAAGCUGGCAUAAUCACUAUUGCUUUAACUGUGAAGAAGUCCAGAAAGGAAAAUUAAUGUGUCCAAGAUGUUGAAGCAGACCACAGCCAGACUGGGGACUGAAUCCAAACCAAUGGUGUCACAGCUGAGUAUUCUAGCAGGCAAAAUUAACACAAGGGGACAACAGAGCAUCUGUUUGGGUUUUUUUUAACUUGAAUUGGCAGAACAAGGUCCACUGCUCCAUUCUGCUACAUGGGUCUACAUACAGUACUACGAUAAAUUAUUAUUACUGCAUAUCUAAUGCCUUUAUGCCUUAGGUUGCUACUGAACCAGUUUUUUUCUCUCCAUAUUUUCUUAAUACUUAAAAAUGCAGAGGUAGAAUAGACACAUUUGUUGAAAACCACAGUAUUAUUGAAAAUCCACUUAUUAUUAAAUGGUAAUUUUUUUUUCUUAAAAGUGCUUAUUUACAAAUCAAGUCUCAUCACUGGGAUCGCUCUUACUCCUGCACAUCUCCUGUCAUUCAAUUAAACAUCUCAAACCCAUCCUCUCAACCUAUCACUACACAAGCCCUUUUCGUCGCUUAUGAAUUCUUAGCGCAAGCAUCUCACUAUCCCCAUCUGCCAGUCUGCACAUCCCUACAUUACCAUAUAGGAAUCUCAGAUCUAUUUCCCAUUCCUGCUUGCUCUUCCCACUCUGCUACUCCACAACACAACCUCCAAAACUCAGGACCUUGACAGCAGUUAGCCAAGAGACAGGCUUCUCCACCGCCACCUAACUCCUCCUGGAUGACAUGGUUAAGUAUAUCCCCAGCAGUUACUCAGAAGAGUUUAAAGCUAGGGCCCAGCUUGAAAUUGCUCAGGCAUCACUGCACUGUUAAGGAAUUUCUGAACUAGGUAACAUCCUGAUUUGGUUAAGUUCAUUUAUGAUUUUAACAGCUUUGGAGAAACAUGUAUUUCAUGU